UUGUUGGCGUCUGUGUGGUUGAGUUGACCAUGGACAAUGUGUCAGUCAGCGUCUCCCUCGAUCUAUGAAUGUACUUCCCCGUACUGACUGACCAUUGGCCUACCCAUUCAUCCACGCACCACCACUGCAACCACGAACGUCUUCCCCACGCCCAUCCCAGGCUAUAUAUCGAAUUGUCCAUGCACACAUGCCACUCCAAACAGCGAUAAUUAACCAGCCAUCCCCCGUUCCUCUCGUAUGGGUCUACUCUACAAGCACGAAAAAACGUACCGCCCACCUCACACACCAGCAGCCCCUCCGCCCACCCAUCGGUCAGUCAGUGAGGGCCAGCCAUGUUAAGGCGGCCACAGAGCCCCAGACAGCCAGCGAUGUCGCACCGAACACCACACACGACCGCGCCUUGGAGCCGUCCCCGAGGCCGAGCAUCGAUGCGGCCAUCAGCGACCCGCUGAGCACGGCACUGGUGACGCUGAUGCCGCCGAUACAGCCCAGGGAGAGGUAGAAGCGCCAUGACGGCGGCCGCCUUGCCUCUCUGUCUUGGUUUCGGCUCUCGGCAGAGAUGAGCUGAUCUGAAGCUUGCUCCAAGGUCAUGAUCCGUGGCGACGACAUGCGGCACACCCAGGCAAGGCAGGCACGAGAGGCAGGCGUUUAAUUCUGCGCACACGAGCCUGAAUAGGGAAGCUCACAGGGAGGGUGAAAACACAGCCAAUAAGUGUUGCGGCUGCAGGCGCGUACCAGAGCUUUCGUAGGCUUGUUCAGGAGAGACCUGUUCC